AUGCCUGCUACUCUAGAGGAUCUUGCUGACGAGCUUCUGCUCGACAUCUUGGAUUACAUCUCCGUCCGCAACCGUUGGGACAUCGACUUCAAGACCUGGGCAGGAGGCGCUGAGAUCGAGUCUCGAGUCCGUACCCUCCACAGUGUUGCUCUCGUCUCCCGCAGGCUCUAUCGCGUCGCCAACCAGGUUCUGUACAGCGCCUUGGUCGAUGGCGCCGAUGCUACUCGCCGGAGGCAAUUCCUCCGGACGGCUGUCAAACGCCCCGACCUGGCAGCCAUGGUAAAGGAAGUCCGCUUUUCGUACUUCGACUGGCACGGUACUCUCAACAGGUCGGGAGUCCCGGCAGAGUAUACCGAAGUCCUUGAAGCCGCCAAACGCGUCGACAUUGAUGGCGAUGAGCGAGAGCGCGCCUCGUUCCAGAAGGCUUUGCUGGAAAGCUUCAACGACGCCGACGUCGCGCUGCUGUUCAGCCAGCUUCCGAGCCUGGAGACACUGGAGUUUGAGGUCGAUGAGACAUGGUUCCAUACCUGGAAGUGGUUUUUGUGCCUGGCCAGGCGAGCGGUGGAGAACAAGUCCGGCCCGCUUGCGUCGCUGCGUCAUCUCAGGCCGAAGUACGGGAACGAAAACGCGUCCGGGUUCCACCCUCUUUUCAUCCAAGAUUUCGUGGGCCUGCCUUCACUGAAGACGAUAGAGAUGUCUGCAGUUUGGCUCGAUGAAAGAGAUGGCGACCGCCCUCUCUCUUUGCAGACCAACAGCCGCAUCGAAACACUCGCCUUCUGGGAUUCUUUGCCGGGGAAUGCAUUCGUCGAGUGUGCGUUGAACGCCUUCGUGCAGUUAAAGGCGUUUCGCUACACAUAUGGCAACUUCUUAGCAGCGUUUAUCCCGUAUGCGCAAAUGCAAGACUUUUACAACGCUCUCCACACGCGGAAGGACACGCUGGAGCACUUCUCGCUCCUAGUCUCGGAUCGAUGCACAGCCUUCAGGCAAAUAGCUCGGCGAAGCUUCAUCGUCCCCCGAUUCGGAUCCUUCAAAGCAUUUGCCAAGCUGAGGCAUCUUGAGAUUUCCGAACCCAUCAUUUCCGGGCUGGCCGACAUGUUGGAUAACGACUUCGGCGCAGAUGCCCCCGUGCCGGCUCCCGCGCCCGACCAUUCCGAGUUGGUGGACAUUCUGCCCGCCUCUCUGGAGAGCAUGGUCAUUCAAUGCGACUUUUCGGUGUCCACCGAGCCCUUGACUGCCUUGAAAGCACAGUUUUUGCUUGCUCUUGCCCGCCGUGUGACCAGCCUGCCGAGAUUCCGCCGUUUGGAGCUUCUCAGGGUGGGAGACAUACCCCGUCUCGGCGACUUUGAGGAGGCUCUCGGACGGAUACGUGAUUUGGCGGAAUGUUCGGGCGUUGAGUUCGACAUCGUCCGGUGGGAUAAGGCAAAAUACGGAGGACUUUCGACCGCAUAG